GUACUCAGUACGUACAGAUACGUACAGUGAGGGAGGGGGUCGACUGCUCUCGUUGAUGAAGUUGUUGAGCAGAAACUGACUCUGGAUCCCAUCCCCGGAAUAUGAAAUUGGUCGAACGAGCCCUCCAGUAAAAUUGGAAGGGAAGGAGACUCCGGAGCGUUCACAUUUGUUAUUUGUUGGCAUUGUCGUUUGACCAGGGAAUGUCAGUUGGAUCCCAGAUUCACACGUCAAAAUAAAGCCUGAUAGUGGGACGUUCAAAAUGUCCGUUGUGUUAGCCACAUUUCUGGUGGUGGUUUGCCUUUUUGGUUCAUGCUUUUCGUUGAAGUACCAUUCUCCAUCAGAAAAGACUUACUCUUACGAGACCAAAUACUUCGAUCAAAGGAUAGACCAUUUUAGCUUGACAACCGAUGGAUUUUUCAAGCAGAAAUAUCUGAUCAAUGACACAUAUUGGGAUAGGAGAUCUGGACCUAUCUUCUUCUACACUGGUAAUGAAGGGGACAUCGAAGCGUUUGCUCAGAACUCGGGUUUCAUGUGGGACAUUGCUCCCCAAUUCAGGGCAUUACUGAUAUUUGCUGAACAUCGCUACUAUGGAGAAUCUCUACCCUUUGGGAAAGAUUCAACCAAGCCUGACCCUUCUAAAAACGGAUACUUAACUUCUGAGCAAGCUUUGGCCGACUUUGCGUAUUUGAUCCAAUCCCUGAAGAAAGAGAAUCCAAGCUAUGCUAAGAGCGCCGUCAUUGCUUUCGGCGGCUCCUAUGGUGGUAUGUUGGCUGCUUGGUUCCGAAUCAAAUUCCCUCACAUUUGCGAUGGUGCCAUCGCAGCGUCUGCCCCUGUGGCGCAAUUUGACGCCCCGUGUAAUGCUUUCGGCAGGAUUGUUACCGCUGAUUAUGCUCUGCAAGGCAAAGGCUGUGCCAACACCAUCCGAGAUUCUUGGGAUAUCAUCACCAAUAUGAGUGCCACGGACGAUGGAUUGAAGUGGAUGUCGGAGCAAUUCCGGUUUUGCAAGCCCUUGACCAAAAACGACGUGACCGCAUUCAAGGGUUACUUGAACGAGUUGUGGACCAAUGUUGCCAUGAUGGAUUAUCCUUACUCGACGACUUUCUUAAUGCCGUUGCCAGGAAAUCCAGUAAAGCAAAUUUGUAAAUCCAUGAUGUACGCGGACACGUUUGCUGAGAAUGAUACUCGAAAGAUCAAUCUGAAGCAAAUCUUUGCCGGAGCCAGUGUUUACUUCAACCACACAGGCGAUGCCAAGUGCUUUGACAUGGGUACGGCCGAUGAUAUCGGAAGCUCAAUGUGGGAUUAUCAGGCUUGCACGGAGAUGGUGAUGCCAUUUUGCUUCGAUGGCAAGGCAGACAUGUUUGAAAAAGCCGAUUGGAAUUACACAGCCUUCGCCGAGACGUGCAAAAAUAAAUGGAAGGUCACGCCUCGUCCUCAGAUGGCCAAUCUCAUGUAUGGAGAAAAGAAACUACACGGGGCCAGCAACAUCAUUUUCAGUAAUGGACUUCUCGAUCCUUGGGCGUCAGGGGGGAUUCUCAAAUCGAUUUCCAGAUCGGUAGUGUCGAUAAUCAUUCCCAGAGGUGCUCAUCAUCUGGACCUUCGCGCUUCCCAUCCCGAUGAUCCUCAGGGGGUGAUCAAGGCCCGCAACAUCGAGAAGAAGUAUAUCAACCAAUGGAUCACCCAGGCAGAUCGCGAUAAGGAUGAGGAUAAUCAGGCCUGGGGACCCGAUGACAAGAGCAUCAUUGUUGGCUAAACAUCGGUUAGACACCCUUUUGACAUUGCAAAUCAGAACAGAAUAAAUCGUGGCAAAAGAAGAGUGAGAUGAGGCAAAUAAAGAAACCCCUUGGUCAA